UUGCCUUCUGAAAGGUGUGUGUGUGUGCCCGUGGCCCAGCGGCCAGCCCCCACAUGCCACGGGGCGGCCCCAGGUGGGCCAGGGGCUGUGCCUGGGCGGGACAGGCUGCAGCCACUACUCCGCUGCUCAGAGCACUGCAGCCAUGGCCCCAGCCUCCAUGCCAGCACAGCUCCUUCUCUCAUUGUUCCUGGCCGCAGCAGCUCUGGCCGGCUCCAACGCACAGAAAAUGGGACCCCGAGGUCCCGCCGGCCCUCAAGGACCACCUGGGAAGCCAGGCAAGGAUGGCAUUGAUGGAGAAGUCGGUCCCCCUGGGCUGCCUGGGGCUCCGGGACCCAAAGGAGCACCCGGGAAACCAGGGCCUCCAGGAGAGGCGGGGCUCCCAGGACUGCCGGGGAUAGACGGUCUGACCGGGAGGGAUGGACCUCCUGGGCCCAAGGGCACACCUGGAGAACGGGGAAGCCUGGGACCCCCAGGACCUCCUGGGCUGGGGGGCAAAGGACUCCCAGGACCCCCUGGAGAGACAGGAGUAAGUGGCCUCCCAGGCGGGAUCGGCCUACGGGGUCCCCCGGGGCCCUCGGGACUCCCAGGCCUGCCUGGCCCUCCAGGACCUCCUGGUGCCCCGGGCCACUCCGCAGUACUCCCAGAAGGUGCUCCUGACCUGCAGUGUCCAGCUGUCUGCCCACCAGGGCCCCCUGGGCCCCCUGGAAUGCCAGGGUUCAAGGGGCCCAGCGGCUACAAAGGGGAGCAGGGAGAAGUCGGCAAGGACGGCGAGAAGGGUACCCCUGGGCCCCCAGGGCCUGCUGGUAUUCCGGGUACCGUGGGGCUACAGGGGCCCAGGGGACAGCCAGGAUUCCCAGGGCCUCUCGGGGCCCCUGGAGACCGGGGUCCCAUUGGAUUCCGAGGGCCUCCGGGCAUCCCAGGAGCACCUGGAAAAGCGGGGGACAGAGGAGAGCGAGGCCCAGAGGGAUUCCGUGGCCCCAAGGGAGACUCGGGUAGACCCGGUCCUAAAGGAGUAUCCGGAAUGCCCGGACCAGGUGGAGAGCCAGGCAUGCCUGGCAAGGACGGCCGAGACGGUGUGCCCGGAGUGGAUGGCGAGAAGGGAGAGGCUGGCCGUAAUGGUGCCCCCGGUGAGAAGGGCCCCAACGGGCUACCGGGUCUCCCCGGACGAGCAGGGGUCAAGGGUGAGAAGGGAGAACUGGGCCAAGCUGGAGAACUGGGCGAGGCGGGACCCUCCGGAGAACCGGGCCUCCCCGGAGACGCCGGAGCCCCCGGGGAACGAGGCGAAGCUGGACACAGGGGCUCCACGGGGGCUCUGGGCCCACAAGGCCCUCCCGGAGCUCCUGGCAUCAGAGGCUUCCAGGGCCAAAAGGGCAACCCUGGAGACCCUGGGCUGCCAGGACCCCAGGGCCUCCGAGGGGGUGCUGGAGACCAGGGCCCCGGAGGAGUGACUGGACCCAAGGGAGGGCAGGGUAUCGCAGGCUCUGAUGGCCUCCCUGGAGACAGAGGGGACCUGGGUCCCAGCGGCCCCGUAGGGCCCAAAGGAGAGUCCGGCAAUCGAGGGGAGCCAGGCCCCAAAGGCAUCCAGGGCCCCAAUGGCACCAGAGGCGUGGACGGUGUCCCUGGGCCCCCUGGGCCCCUGGGCCUGCCUGGUGCACCGGGUGUGCCUGGCAUCACCGGGAGAGCGGGUGUUCCGGGCAAAGAGAGCAGCGAGCAGCACAUCCGAGAGCUAUGUGGGGGCCUGAUCAGCGAACAAAUCGCGCAGCUGGCAGCUCACCUGAGGAAGCCCCUGGAGCCAGGUUCCAUCGGCCGGCCGGGUCCUGCGGGGCCUCCUGGCCCCCCGGGCCCCCCUGGCUCCAUCGGCCACCCUGGAGCUCGAGGUGCCCCUGGAUAUCGUGGUCCCCCUGGGGAGCUGGGAGACCCUGGACCCAGAGGCACUCCUGGGGACAGAGGUGACAAAGGUGCGGCAGGCAAGGGACUGGACGGACCUGAUGGAGACCAGGGGCUCCAAGGACCCCCAGGGGUGCCUGGUGCCAGCAGAGACGGCCAUGACGGAGCCCAUGGCGAGCCCGGCCUCCCUGGAGAUCCCGGCCUGCAGGGGGCUGUGGGCGCCCAGGGGACCCCCGGCAUCUGUGACACCUCAGCCUGCCAAGGGGCUGUGGCGGCAGGGGCCGGGGAGAAAUCAGGCCCGAGAAGCUCCUAAAACCAAACUGAAGCGAGCAAACGGAGUGGCCCGGCUGCAGACAGGGGCCUGGGGUUCAACGGGGUUGUCCUGUCUGUUCUAGCCCCCAGUGGGCGGGAAGGGAAUUCAGUUUUUCUAGGAUUCCAGGUCAAACAUAUUCAGCAACUUGUUUACACGGCAUUUCUGUGAAGACAAAGGAAGAUCCGGCGGCAGGGCUGGCCCAGCUUCCCACUCGUCACAGCCACAGAGUGAUAUGGACUGACGUGCUGGGCUUCCACCUCCCUUCCGGUGGGAGCAGGUGCAUCUGGCUGGCACCGGUGGCCGGAGUUCCUGGGCCUCGACUCUGUACUGCACUAAAGCCUACAGUGUUGUGUGUUGUGACAAAUAAAGCCACUCACUAAAAAAA